AUGGAUAGAACAGAUUAUAUAUAUUUAAACAUUAAUUCUUUGUCUACUCUUGGAAAAUUACGAAAACAAGCCUAUGAAAAAUUCAAUAAGUUAGCGAAGAAUCAACCUAUUUAUCGAUGGAAUAAAGAUUCAUGGAUGCAAUUUGAAUCUGAGUUGGAUGAGAAGACUUUAGAUGAUUUAGAUUUUGAAUCGUCUACAUUUAUAAGUAUAGAUUAUGAUGACAAAGAAAUCAAUUCAAAACAUCCGUCUAGCUUAUGUGGACUCGUUAAUUUAGGCAGUACAUGUUUUAUGAAUAGUGUUUUUCAAUGUUUAAAUAAUAUACCUGAGUUUAUAAUAAAAAUUUUGGAGUUAAAUGAUGAAAUAAAUGCACCUAUUAUUAGUGAAUAUAAAAAAUUAGUUAAAAAAAUGUGGUCAGGAAAGUAUAAUGCUAUUAAUCCAUCAUCACUUCUUGAUAAUAUUCAAGAUAAUUUACCACAUUAUUCUAGUUAUCGACAACAAGAUGCACAAGAAUUUAUGAAUCAUUUUUUACAUCUUAUUCAUGCUGAAUUUUCAAUGAAAACAACAGUGAUUACAGAAUUAUUCUAUGGUCAACUUCAAUCAACUGUUAAAUGUCUUGGAUGUCAACAAACUGAAAUAACUAAUGAACCUUUUACUUUUUUACCAUUAUCUAUGAUGAAUUCUAAUCAAAAGUCUGUGCUUUAUGUUAAAACUGAUGGUGAACAACGUCUAGUCUCUAUAAAAGUUAAUUCAUCUAUCUUUUUUCUCAAAGACUUAAUUGAUUGUUUUAUCAAACAACAUGAACCAACAUUAACUAGUGAACGAAUUCGAGCUGUUCAAUUAGUCGAUAAUGUCAUCACAGAUUUAUAUGAAACCAGGCAAUCUCUUCGCAACAUACGUGAAGAAGAACUUGCUUUUGUGGAACAUCCGGAGAAGACCGAUAAUGAAAAAUAUAUUAAGUGUCAGUUUGUCGAUCAUUCUACUAAUGAAUUAUUCCGUCCAUCGAUUCUUUUGAUUUGUCCAAAUCAGAACUGUAGUUAUCUACAUCUAUCAGAACAAAUUGAUCAACUUCUUGGUCAUCUUUGUUCUAUGACUAAUGCACCAGCUUCUGCUUUUCAACUAUUCUGGAGAGAUCGACAAGAAAAAAUAUUUAAAUUGAAUGUAGAAACAAAUAGAAAUGAGAAUUUGCCAUACAUAUCCGCCAUAAGAAUCACAAUGGCUACUAAAUGGGUUGAUAUAUACAGAAAACACUGCAUUAUCAAUCAUUCAACUGAUAACUCAAUGUUAGCCAAGUUAUUAACUAAUUUUUUUCGUGAAGAUUAUCUCGAUGGUGAUUAUCAUUGUUUGAAAUGUUCAAAACGUACGGUAGCUCAACAUAAAUCAUAUUUAUGUUUACCAUUACCACAUGUACUGAUUAUACAAUUAAAAAGAUUCAUAUAUGAUACUAAUUCAAAUGAAAAAAUUGAUACAUAUAUUCGAUUUCCUCUUUAUGAACUUGAUCUUAACGAGUAUACAGUAAAAGAUGAUAAUAAUAAUAAUAAACUUGAAAAUAGUUCAUCGACAAAAUAUGAUCUAAUUGCUGUUGCCAAUCAUACAGGUAGUCUUCUGUCUGGACAUUAUACAACAUAUGCAAAAAAUAAUGAAGAUAAAAAUUGGUAUUUAUUUGAUGAUCAAUAUGUUAGAAAACUCAAUAGUGAUAAAGAUAUUGUUACUAAAAAUGCAUAUAUACUUGUUUAUGUACAAAAAAACUUGAUAAUCAAAUACAAUAAAUGA